GAAAACAUUCACGGCAUCUAUUCCUAGAAGAUCUCCCAGGCACACCUCUACCACAUCUAAGGGGAUUCAACCUAAGCCACCAAUAGAUGAAGAUGAAGAACGUCCAAAGAGACGAUAUGUAAAAAGAAAGGUCGAAGAACUUGGAGAAAGGACCGUAGAGGGAGAUUUUGCAGGACAACCUUGGUUUCAAACUGAAGAGGAAGAAGAACAAUGUCCAAAAAUUGUAAAGGUUGAAAUGCCGAGUCCAAAAAAGAGUGAACAGAGCAAAUACUUUCCACGGAGAUCCCCCCGCCACCUCCCACAGAAGACAGAACCAGUUUGCUGUGUUGUUCCAUUACAGGAUAAGGGUAUAGAUUUGGAGAAGGGUGAUGUACAGGUUGUGGAAGUACGUAGUAGGCCUGAAAUGAAGAAAAAGGUCGCACCAGCUUCCAGAAAACUGAAUAUGCAACGGACCACGAGGUCAUUGGUGGAUAAAAGAAAAGAAAAAAGCAUUAACAUGAACAUGUUCUCCUUCCUAGUUGACAAAUGCAUGGGUGACGGGUAUACGAUCCAGAAUGAUGCAGAUGUGUUUGGGUUCCCUACCAAAACUACCUUUAACAAGGACAUGUGCAACUUAGUCAUCAACUGUCAGAAGGUUGCAAACUCAAUCAUAGAACUUUGGUGCAAGUCCCUUCAUGAAAAAAUGGUGGACAACGGAGGAGAAAUGCCUGUACAGUUCGGGACAUCUGUGGCUAUACACCGUCCUAAAAAAGCGUCUGAGGAGUCGAUGAAUAGAAGGUCCCAUUACGUGGCAGACCUUCUUGGAGUUGGGUUACCUGGACAAAUUACACUACUACCGUAUAAUGCAGGGGACCAUUGGGUGUUGGUUGCCAUUGAUGUGGAGAUGGGAAGAAUGUAUUACUUGGAUUCCAUCGGAGGAAUUCCACCAGAAGAUUUGAAGAUAAUUGUCACUCAAGGAGUGCAAAUGUAUCAUGCUCUGAAGUCAAAAGACAGAUUGAAAUUGAACUGGAUCACAGUCAAGUGUCCGAAGCAAAGAGGAUCAUUGGAGUGUGGGUACUUCGUAAUGAAGUACAUCAAAGAAAUUAUCGGUGAUGUUGAUGUGCUGAAAAAUAAUUUCUCCACAGUCAAUGAGUACUCUGAAGAUGACAUUCUGCAAGUGCGUGAGGAAUGGAUCUCAUAUGCAGCAAACCUAAUCAAAGAACUUCAGCAGUGACGAAUGUGAUGAAUGGUGGCAGUUGGACUUUUGCGUAAUAUGGCUGUUAAACAAAUGUGCAAAGCAUAAUUUUUUGAUGUUGCGGAAUAUACUUUAUGUUUUUCCAGAAUGUAUGUAAAAUACUACUUUGUGUUUGCAGCCUUAUGUAGACUGGAGUUUUAGAAUAUUGGUAUUUUGGAAUUUGCUUUGAAGAACAAGUUAAAUGUCUUUGAAUUUUCAUGUUGACUUUGAUAUCAAUCUAAAUGUUUUAUGGAAUACAUUGAGGCAUU